AUAAUAUAAAACUCCAUAGAUACUGUCGCUUCCAUUCAUAACCUGUAACCAGAGAGAGAGAGAGAGAGAGCAUAGACAUGGAAGAGGUAACACAAUAAGAAAAUCUACAGAAAGAGAGAGGGUCAGAGGAGAGUAUCUAGUGUUGCUUUGUCGCUUAGGUGUAGAAAAUUAGAGAGCAAAAAGGAAACAGAGAAAAACCAAGAGAAACAUCCAGCCUACUAUCCUCAGAUUGAAAUGUAAUGCCGGUUUAGUAGUAACAUCUGAGAGAGAGAGAGAGAGCGAAAGAGAGAGAUUUAGCUGACAACAUGGUGGAGAGAGAGAGAAACAGAGGAUGAAAAUCUGGUCUAUACACUUGAAGCAGAGCUAGACUAUAGCUGCAAUAGCACCACCAUCUCCUUAAGACCUCGAUGUCGAUUUCAGCUGAGGAGCCAAUCACAGAUCCUAACUCACUAUUGAAGAAUAGGCGACAAAGCUGGUCGGACCUUUGGCUCAAGAAUACCAAACCCUUAAAACAUGUUGUCUUCGCUAUGCAACUCCCCUCUAUCCCUACCCCCACCUCCACCAAAGGCUCCAAAACCAAAGGCCAAACCCUAAUCUCCAAUUUCUCCAAUAUUGACCGUACACUUCUCUUAAGCGACGAACUUGUCCUCAAAAUUCUGUCCAAACUACCCGAUUCUCAGAGAAACUCUAACUUCCUUGUUUGCAAGCGGUGGCUUAAUCUCCAAGGCCGCCUCGUACGGUCCUUGAAGGUGUUAGAUUGGGAGUUUAUCGAAUCUGGUCGCUUAAUUGCAAGAUUCCCAAAUCUGACCCAUGUGGAUUUGAUCAAUGGUUGUAUUAUUGCGCCGCAUGAUUCUAGCAUUUGGUUAAGUCACAGAUUUCUUUCGAUGCAUAUCAAUUCUGAGAUUUCUGGGUUUGUUCCAAAUUGGCGUAUUUGUGAGGAAAAUUUGUUGUCUGUUGAGGUAGUUGAUAGAGGGCUUAAAGCAUUGGCCGGUGCUUGCCCUAAUUUGCGCAAGCUUGUAGUGAUUGGUGCCAGUGAAUUAGGUUUGUUGAAUGUAGCUGAGGAGUGUCCAACUUUGCAAGAUCUGGAGUUGCAUAAGUGCAAUGAUAAUGUCUUGCGUGGGAUUGCUGCAUGUGAGAACUUGCAGAUAUUGAAACUUGUAGGAAAGGUGGAUGGCCUUUACAGCUCUUUGGUUUCAGAUAUUGGGUUAACCAUUUUGGCUCAAGGGUGCAAGAGAUUAGUGAAGCUUGAGCUUAGUGGAUGUGAGGGUAGCUUUGAGGGCAUUAAGGCAAUUGGGCAGUGUUGCCAAAUGCUCGAGGAACUAACAAUUAGUGAUCACAGGAUGGAAGAUGGGUGGUUACCUGCGCUUUCAUAUUGUGAGAAUAUGAGAACUUUGAGGUUUUUGUCAUGCAAGAAGAUUGAUCUUGUGCCGGGGCCAGAUGAUUAUCUGGGUUCCUGUCCAGCCCUGGAAAAGCUGCAUUUGCAGAAAUGUCAUUUCAGGAAUAAAAGGAGUGUCAGAGCUUUGUUUAAGGUGUGUGAAUCUGUCAAGGAAAUUGUUGUUCAGGACUGCUGGGGGUUGGACAAUGAUAUGUUUAGCUCGGCAAGUGUUUGCAGGAGGGUGAAGUUACUAUCUCUAGAAGGAUGCUCCUUGCUAACAACACAGGGACUGGAGUCUGUUCUUCUCAACUGUAUUGAACUUCAGUAUCUUAGAGUGCAGUCCUGUAAGCACAUAAAAGAUUGUGAAGGCUCUGCUGCACUUUCAACCUUAUUCUCUGUGCUGAAAGAGUUGAAAUGGAGACCAGAUACCAAAUCCCUUCUAGUUUCCAGUCUUGUAGGGACUGGUAUGGGAAAGAGAGGAGGUAAAUUUUUCAAAAAGUCAUAAGCGUUACAAUUGCUGUCUGAUGAUUCGCAUGAGUCAAACUGCUGCUGGAAAAUACUGGACUUCCUUAGCAGGAUAAUUUAGUUAUUUGUGUAGCCUGGCUGGGAUAGAUCCUACGGUGCUUAUUCUUCAUUUUCCUCAUCAUUCGCAUGGAGCAAGCUCCUGAGAUGGAUACUGGCUUGGGAAAGAUUCAGGUCAUCUUCAGUGCACCUCAGGUGCCUGUCCAACAGGGUGAAGAUGCAUUUGACUUGUAAUUAGACCUAGAUAACAUGCUUAUAUCUUCUAGUCUUUCCUGUUCGUAAUUAGACCUUCCGGCUGUCAAAAUUUUGUGUGUAUUUGAUCUACAGCAGGUUGUAUCAUUCUUCAACUUGUUGAUUUCUAGCACGCUGAAUAUUAUUAUUUUUGCUGGGAAAUCAAUCAAAAUUAUUAGACGUUAUGUAUAA